UUCCACCCUCCCUGUGCUUCCAUUUGAAAAUGCAGCAAAGUUGAUAAGGCAACACCGACCCGGAGAACUUCAGAGAAAUGGCGAACCUAAGGACCGCAAUGGACUCUGCCUUCUGGGAUCUCAACGUUUCUUCUCCUCGAACCAUUGAUGGGUGUGCCAAGGCCGUUCCCGGCGACCCCUUUCCAAUGGACGCUACCGUCUCAAGCAAAGCUCUUCGUAUUCAGCAGUUCUCAUGCUUCAGAAAUGGCUUUCCUUUGGGGAUAGUUCCUUGCCUCUCUCCCACUUCUCAAAAGAGCCUUGGUUCCUUAUCUCUUCAGUCUCUCGCACUUAAAGUCUCCAAUCAUCCCUGGUGGCUUGGGCUGAUUGGACAGUUCCGUCCCAGGAAAUUGUUUGCUGACAUCAAGAAUGAAAUCUCUAAUGCUGAAGAAUUCGAGCUCUCCACAGUCAAGGAUGUCGCAAAGCAUUUUAUUGACAAGUCACUCUUUUCAUUUGGAUUAUUCUCACAGUAUUCUGUUUCUGACUCUACAUCCAUUCUACUUUCCAUGGAGGGUCAUGGUGAGAAAAAAAGAGGUCGCAACAAAAUGAUGAUUUACCACCAGCUUCCUGAUCAUGACAUCACAUUGGAGGCUGCAUGGCCUCAACUAUUCAUUGACCACAAAGGAAAUUACUGGGAUGUGCCUGAGUCCAUAUCCCUUGAUUUGUCAUCCCUAAAGUCUGAUUCUGGACUCCGAUAUCGUUUUGGGAUACAUAAAAAUGGUGGUUAUCCUGAGGCAGUAAAUGCCAUAGACGGCAUCCCACCACUUUCAUUGCUGCCUGGGUUGUGCGCUAAGGCUGCCUUUUCUUAUGAGAAGAUCAAGUACCUCUGGAAAGACAAUGAGGUUGCAGAAAGUCUCAAGCAAACAAUAGAUAAGCCUGCUACUUCUUAUCCCUAUGAUGUGCGUCUUAUGGAACCUCAGUCAGCAAUAUCUGGAAUUAUUGGUGGUGCCUGCACUGCCUGGAUUUGGGAUGAGAGGAGCUAUUCAAGCGUUGAUUCAAGAGAAGAUCUGGAAAUGUCAAGACCGAGCAUGAGGUCUCCAUUGAGCGGCGAUUUAUUUGGUUCGGUUUGCUAUACUUUCCAGCACGGAAAAUUUACAAAUGAUUAUGGCGAUUUGACAAGGUUAGACGCUCGUCUAGAUAUUUGCUCAGCUUCAGGCUUUGCCAAGAAGGUUUUGAAUGGUAUAAGAAGUUAUGCUGAUGUUAAUGAACUUCCAUCAGCCUCACCUCGGCUAAAUUUAACCUUUCAACAGCAGGUCGCUGGGCCGAUCAUCUUCCGGACAGAUUCCAGAAUAUCCCUUGAAUCUUUCUCCAAGAUGUUUCAGAUGGAGGAUUAUGUUUGCAGCCUGAGCUACUCCUUCAGGAUGUUGCAGUCUGGUAAGGUUGUUGCUUGGUAUUCUCCAAAGAGGAAAGAAGGAAUGGUCGAGUUGCGUCUAUUUGAAUUCUAAAGCACUUGUAGUCCUCACUGUCAGCUCUUUUUCAUGUAAGAAUUUUGCAGUUGGAAGUUAGCCCAUUUGUUUAUUAUUUUGCUUAUGCACAGCUGUAGUGUUCUAGGUUAAGUUAACAUCAUUUAUUGGUUAAGCCAUAAUUGGUAAUUAUUAACUCCCCCAAAAAA